AUGUGGCAGGUCCACGACGGACCAGGAGAUGGAAGCCUUUGCAGCCGAUUUCGGGAUCAUGGACUCUUUGACUAUGCUCCAGCUAAUGGAUCGUCUGAGGCUAGUACUAAGAAAGUACUGAAGAAUGUGCGCCGGAAAAUGAUGACCGAUAACCAAAACUUGGCACAGAGUCAACUCAGACGUUCUCGGGGCUUAUCGGACAAGAUGUUACACAGAAUCGGAGCUAGAAGAAAGGUUGAAUCUGAAAAGUACUCUUCCGGGAAAGAAAUUUCUACUCUAUUUUUUGGAUCAGGAACAAUCGAACCAGAGCAGUUAAGGCUAAAGCUCGUUCUUCGAGAGGAUGGUGCUAAUAGCGGAGUGCAGCAGCUUGUGAGCUCACAGAUUCAAAAAGGGGAUGGGAUGCCACCGGCUAAGUUAGAGAUUGUUGAGGAAAGUCAAGUCUCAUUGGGUGCGCUAGAAUAUCUGCCGAUGGCAGAGUCCCUGGUAAUAGCUAAGGCUGAGUUGACUUCAAAAAGAGGUCCACCCCCUCCCCUAUUAUGUAUGAGAGCCAACGGCGACGAGAGGCGGCCAUUUACGGAGGUAAGACCGCUAUGA